AUGGGAAAUCAGAUUCAAAAAAUCAAUAGAAAAAUAGAUUAAUUGCUUUUUAAAGCCUAUGAUUAUUUAAUAAAAGAGGAUGAAUUAUCAGAUAAGACUGUAGAUGUACUUUCUACAGAUGAUAAUAUAAAUGAAAAUUUUGAAGAAUCAAAGGAGAGUUAAAUUUAAGAUUAAUGCUAAAGUUUAAAUCUAUAUAGGAAUAAAUCAAAAGUAAUAAAUAAAACAACUGAAGAUGAAUUAGGUAGUAAAAGAAAAUCAAAAUCUUAAUUAUUUUCUGAUAAAAAGAAUAAUAAAAAAAUUUGUGAAAACAAAGAAAAUUAUUUAUAUAGCUGA